AAACGAACGGCCUGAUCACUCGCAUCAUAUUUAGGUGUAUCCAGCAUAUCCCCAAAGGAACUUGAUAUUGACAAAGGAGCGCAGUCUUUUUUGAUCUGAUUUCCAAACCCUCAACCCCUUCAACUCCUUUUCAUCACACCCUAUCACACCUCAAGCCAUGCCACCAUCACCUCGUCGACGAACCACCACACGUGCCACUCGAUCGAACCAGGCCCGUCAUUCUACCACCCAGACAACCAACGAUACAUCACCAGCAGCCAAGCGUCCCCGCCGUCAAACCAAGCGCACCCGUGGAUCUACGACUAAUGAUGACUCAGCAUCUACUCGUGUAGAAGAUCAAGGAGACCAUCUCCCGACCCCGUCUGCUACUCAAGACCAACGUCAAACACCAGACGAUGUCGACAUCUCUAUGAUCACCCUUCAAAACUAUCAGACCUUUCAAGACUCUUGGCCUAUUCCGCGGAUUCAAGACCAGUUGAAAAAACAGUCGUCUUCAAACCACCAGAUCAGCGCAGCGGUUCUUGCCGAAGGACUGGCUGUCCUAGGGAAAAUGGACCAUACGCUUCACAUGAUUGCGCUGGCAUCAGGAGUAUGUGUCAACAACUUGAAAAGAAGUCUGGGCUUACUCGGUGGAACUCAUGGGGAAAAUCCCUGGCAUCGGUGGCUUAGCUUUGCGCUUGCAGCAAACGAUUACCCAAUGCCACCUCGAGGACACCCCGAGGCGUCGGAAUUGCUUGCAAUUCGCAAUAAGGCCAACUCGGAUACUUAUAACGCCCUCACGGUGACCGAACGUGAAGUGUUCACGGCCCAGGUAUUCUACGCUCUUGGCGGAUACCCAGACUACUCAUCUGUAACCACCAGUGAAGAGACCGACUCAUUUGGCGACCCUGUCAUCCUUAUCCCAGAGAUUACAAAGCUUAGCCAUGAAGACGAACUUCGGUACCGCCCAAUCUAUGAAGACUUGGUUGACAUGAAGAAAGUGGCCCGAGAUCGAGAGCUCAAUACCCCUGCUGCAGCUUCCCAAAAACAGGAGAAGCGCUCUCUCCAAUCUUUUCGCAAGAUAGCUCAACAAUUAUCACGAGACCAUCAACUUUUUGGUUUAGAUUAUUAUAUCAUAGCUUGCAGUUCUACUAGCGCAGGGCAUGGAUGGUGUCGCGAGUAUACUAGUCGGGACGAAAUUUCCGACUGGGUCAGUAAGAAGGCAGAUUUGCAGCAAAUUUUCCCUAUCUACUGCCAAAAUGGUUCGACAAUUGAUGAAGUAAGAGCAGUUGCAGCUGCCAACGCAGCCGCUAAAUCUGGCACUGAAACUCAAAAGUCUUCAAAUAAUCAAUCCGAUAAGGAUAAAAAGGACCUUACCCUCAAGUUGAAAACCCUUUUGGUCAAUGUCCUUGGCAAAGACGCUCCUCCAUUUCCUCGUAUUGCUGAUCCCAUUGGGGCCAUCAAAGACCGAAAAAUUGAUGUGAUUGUUGAACGGGCGUCUGACUCCGCUCUGUCGAAUGAAGACUUCAACAAGGGUUUCUUAGGGAUGUCUGCCAAGGCCAGACGAAACUGGAUGAGCAAUAUUGACAAGGGGAAAUUCAUGAUCAAGAAGGGACAAUCUCCAGGCAACGCUCCUCAGGAUCAUCAUCUCAAUGCACAAGGACCCAAUGGCGAUUCUCACGGGGCUACAGCCAAUCCUAAUGGGGGUAACAACAAUUCUCAACGACCUGAAAGUGAUUCUAACUCCAAUAACAACUCUGAAAACAAUCCUAACUCCAACAAUAACGCUGAAAACAAUCCCAACUCUUGCAACAACCUUCACGGACCCGAAAACAAUCCUAACGGAGGUGUUUCCAAUCCUAAUGCGGCUAACGGUGCAAGUGGUAACAAUAGUUGUCAGCUUGUAUGAGACUAAUGAUUCACUCUUCAUAUGAUGGAUCGGAUGUUUAAUCAAUUUGUGAUGGAGAAAUUUUAAAUACUUUUCACCUCGAUUUUGGAUCAAAGUCAUCAGAUUACUUUUCAAAACAUGAAAUGUAAUGUUCUUGUAAACAAAUCGAUUUCUUUUUCAAUUGUUGUUGUCUCAUUUUCUUUAUUUGCUUUUUGAGACUUGAUAUAAAUUGUUUUGAAUACAGUUGUAAUCAAAAUGCAAGCCUGAAAAAGAACUGAUUUCAAUUGAUGAAUACAAACUUUUCUGAUCGGAAUAAC